GCAGACACACCUACAACUCUUGCGAUGGAAGUGCGCUUGGUUCUAGGCUCGGCAGAGAGGGGGGCCCGCUGGCUGCUGCGGCCCACAAUCAGAGCCCUCGCAGCGGGGAGAACGGCAGGAACCGCCCCUGCUGUGGCUGUUUCUGCCAACCAGGUCAAACUGAAAAGUGAAGAGGAUCUCGCAGAAAUAACUGCCCUGCAGAUGUUGUACCGGAUGACGUUUAAAGGGUACCUGAAAAAAAUGCAUGAGCUACAGGUGUAUGAGAAGCAGCUGCAUGGCCCCAUUUACAAGGUCAGGGUGGGAAAGUACAGAGCCAUUGUUCUGAACAGCGCGGAGCUCUUGGAGGAGCUGCUGAGGAAAGAUGAAAAGUUUCCCUGUCGGGGUGACAUGACUCUGUGGACGGAGUACCGUGACAUGAAGGGACUCGGCUACGGACCUUUCACAGAAGAGGGGGAGAAGUGGUACAAGCUGCGGGCCAUUCUGAACAAGCGCAUGCUGCACCCUAAAGAUUCGGUGCAGUAUGGAGAUGUGAUCAAUGAGGUUGUCACAGACUUCAUCAAAAGAAUAUACCACCUGCGCCAGAUCAGCCCUUCGGGUGACAUGGUGACCGAUGUCUCAAAUGAGCUCUACCGCUUCUCUCUGGAGGGAAUCUCCUCCAUUCUGUUUGAAACGCGCAUUGGAUGCCUGGAGAAGGAGAUCCCUGAAGCAACUCAAGACUUCAUCAAUUCCAUUGGUCAGAUGUUCUCCUACAGCAUGCUGGUGAUCAUGCUGCCCAAAUGGACCCGCAACAUCCUGCCCCUCUGGGAUCGGUACUUGGCCAGCUGGGAGGGCAUCUUCAAAUUUGCCAGGAACUUGAUUGACAGAAAGAUGGACGUCAUUCAGCACCGUUUAGCCCAGGGCCAGGAGGUGGAAGGAGAGUACCUGACUUACCUCAUCUCCAACAGAAAGAUGAGCAGUAAAGACGUAUACGGCAGCAUUGCAGAACUGCUAUUGGCUGGAGUGGACACGACCUCCAACACCUUAAUGUGGGCUCUAUACCUGCUGUCCCAGAACCCAGAGGUGCAGGACAGGCUAUAUAAGGAGGUGUCCAGCUUCGUUUUGGGGGGCAGGCCCAUUACUGCCCAGGUCGUCUCUGACAUGCAAUUACUUAAGGCGGUGAUUAAAGAGACACUGAGGCUGUAUCCUGUGAUUCCUACGAACGCUCGGGUCAUGAAAGAAGCAGACGUGUCCAUCGGAGGAUAUUUUUUCCCUAGGAAAACCUCCUUCACCAUCUGCCACUACUCCAUAAGCCAGGAUGAGAAAACCUUCCCUGAGCCGCACAAGUUCAGACCAGAACGCUGGCUGCGGGAUGGCAGGCAGCGACCCAAUCCCUUUGGCUCUCUCCCGUUUGGGUUUGGGGUGCGGGGCUGCGUUGGCCGCAGGAUUGCAGAGCUGGAGAUGCACCUUGCUCUGUCACGGAUAAUCAGUCUGUUUGAAAUCAGACUAGACCCUCACAUUGGGGAAGUCAAAGCUCACAAUCGCACUGUCCUGGUGGCGGACAGACAGGUCAAUCUGCACUUCGUGGAAAGGAAUGGAACCUCUUCAAACUGAUUACCUGCAGAAUGAAGUUUCCAAGCAACAGGCAACAGAUAACAAUAAGCUGAGUUGUCAGCAUCUUCUGAUCUUCCUUCUCAAUGAACAAGGUUUCAGUAAUGAGGGGUGAGAAAGUUCAAUUAGCAGUGAAAAAUUCAAACACCUUUCGAUUUCCAAAGAAUUCUAGCCUACCUCCAGGAAACUCGGUGUUACUAAUUGACCCUGACCUGACAUUUGAGUGACCAGCAAAAAAAUUCUGUCUAGUCCUGCUACCAAAUGAGAGAUAAUAAACUGGCCAUGGAUGAGCAAUAUUCAUGGCCAGUUUAUUUGGUGCACUUGCUCGUUAACGCAAA